UAGAGACAAUGGGUGAUUUUUAGAUCCCAGCUAGCUUCUUGUUUCCUCAGCUAGCUCCAAAUUAAUAACCUUUUUUAAAACUCAUAAUCAUUGCAGAAGAUUCUCCCAGCAACCAAGAGAAUGAACAUACUACCAUCCAAGAGGCCGGACACCUUUAAAUUCGCAACUGGAGACACGAGCUGCCUGUUCCAAAAUGGAGUCGGGGACGGACCGAUGAAAUGCGGCUCCUGGGUGAAUUCCUCCCCGCGGAUAGUUGAACAAAACGGGGGCACAGCGGAGGGCCCGAGGCGGCCGAAGAGCCUGCAGGUCACCGCAGGCAGCACCGUGUUCCAGGUGAAGAGCUGCCGGGGCGACGGAGCCCCGGAGGAAGGCUCGCUGCCCUCCAGCCCGGGGCCGGACUCCCCGGAGGACGGGGACCGCUGCCCGGCCGGAGCCGAGGGGCUGGAGGCCGAGGGGCUGGAGGCCGACACCCGGCAGCUCAUCGGCCGCUUGCUCGAGGACUUCGUGUCCCACAAGGAUUCGAGCUGGGGGGACAGCAAAGCGCUGGCCACCAUGAAGAGGGUCGUGGACGAUCUGCUGGAGAAACACAGAUACGCGUAUAAUGGGAUGCUCAACAAACUAUCGCUAGACAACCGGGCGGACGACGUGGGCUUCGUGGGCGACGUGGCCUCCAGCCUGUUCAACGACGGGACCACCAACUGGGGCCGGAUCGCCAGCCUGGUGGCCUUCGGGGCCGUGGUGUGCCAGCACCUGGAGAAGAAGAGGGGCCCGGGCAACAGCGUGGAGCUGGUGGGCCAGGAGAUCUCCACCUACCUGCUGACCCACCAGAGGGACUGGCUGGUGAAGAACAACUCCUGGGACGGGUUUGUGCAGUUCUUCAGAGUCUCCAACCCUGAGGCCACGGUGAGGAACACGCUGCUGGGCCUGGCUGGGUUUGCCGGCAUCGGGGCGCUGGCCCUGUUGAUCAGGUGAACUUGGACUCUUGGGGACUUUGGUGUCCCACACAAUGAUGGAAGCUCCUUCUCUUUUGAACAUUCAAACCCUUCUGGGUUGGACAAAGAAGAUGGAAUUAGCGGCUCAACUGGAGCUCGCGUGAUAAAGCAAUCACACACCAGUGGUUACUUUUAUCUUCUUUACCCUCCUUGGACUCCCUUCACCCCCCCCACCCACCCACCCACACAACAAGCUCGCGGUCACUGUCGGCUUUGUAUAAUUUCCCCCCCCAACUCCCGGAAUACCAUCAAACAAGAAGCAGAUAUUUAAUUUACAAAGCAAAUUAUUUUUCUAAAAACGUGUACAUUGAUUCUAUGCAACAGAUUUGAAUGGUAAUGGGAAGUCGUUUUUUCUUUUUAAUCUUCCUUUUUUUUUGAUUUAGAUUGUUUUUUUUUUCUUAUUGUUUACAUCUUUUCCAAAUUAUGAAACCUUUCCCUGACAGUGAGGGUGUUAGCAGGCGGGCGUGUGUGAAGGGAGGCGGGGGUGAAUUUGCGUGAGUGUAGCUCUUGUUUCCUGGUUGGGAAACUGCCGGGAGGAGAGCGACCCCCGAGCCGGACUCGUGGCAGCAGCAGAACCGGGAGCGUUCCCGUGUGAACCGCACGAGCACCGAGGCUGAAGCAGCAGAUUGGGCUCUUCCUCUGCACCACAAGCUGACUUGAGAGAGGACAAUAACUAAUAGUACAAAAUCCAGUUUAAAGCUACUGAAAAAUAAAACGCAAAUAUAAUUCACAUGA